AGAGACAGGAAGCACCACCUUGUGCCAGUCAACACAUAAAGGUAUCCUUUGCGGAAGGAGAACACCCCAUCRAACCGUUACAUUCACCAAUAGCGUUAGCAUUAGCAUCACCAAUACCAUCGCGAGUUGCGAUUGUGAACAGUAGAGUAUUAGCCAAAGCSAAAGCGAAAGCGAACACAAAGACAAACCCCCAAUCCAGUACCCGAUCCAAUAUCCGAUCGAGAUGACGACGAAACGACUCAGGGCGUCGGUCCUCGUAGUUGCGACGACGCUGUUCUCMGAUGCCUUUGUGCACUACAGCUCCUCGCAGACGCGCUGCAACGGUGCCGGCCCUGCAGCAUCCGAKUCCGCGCCUCUUUCCUCCCUCGAACUGUGGCCCCUCGGCCGGGGCGGAUUCCACGAUUCCGGGGCGGAUUCGGAUUCCGACGGUGCCACCCAGCGCACCGCCGUGAAGGAACUCACCGCCAUGGCGUCCACCGCGGCCCUGGCGGCCGCCCUGGUCUUUAGCCCCCUGGCGGCCUCGGCCGAGAACGAGCUGGCGGACAAGUACGGCGGGAAGGGCUUUGACUCGUCCCUGGUGGACCAGAACUGCCUGGUGGACCGGUGCUCGGUCCAGGCCAAGGCCUGCCUGGCCGACGACCCGUCCUGYCGGAAGGGCCUCACCUGCACGGCCAAGUGCCUGGGAGACAACAGCUGCAUCACCGGUUGCUUUGCCCGCUUUGGCAACAAGAACCUCGACAACCUCCUCAAGUGCACCAUCGAGGACCACGAUUGCAUCAAGAUCGCGAUCCUGCCGGGCGGCGCCGACAAACCGGGGGAGGAACCCAGGGCCCCCAAGGCAACGGUGGCCAAUUUCGACUACAAGACCAUGGAGGGCACCUGGUACAAGGUGGUGGGCUUCAACCCCAACUACGAUUGCUACGCCUGCCAGCGCAACACCUUUGCCCUGCCGGCGACGACCAAGGCGGAAGGAGCUUCCGCGUCCGCCAGCGACACGACGCUCGUGGCYGCCUACAACAACGAACCGUACAUGAACAUGGGCGUGGAGUUCUCCAUGCCCCACCUCCUGCCCGACGGMUCCCCKCCGCCCCCGAAACAGGUCCGCGAGUCCCUGGCCGUCUUUGGCAAGGAGGACCUGCGCAAGAAGGACAGCGCGAACGCCGGCCUCUUGUCCAUCGGGCUGAACGAAUACAACACCAACGAGGUCAUGGUCUUUGACGACAAGGGCAGCGASRCAAACAUUGUUCUCAACAAGGGAAAAGAGAACGAGGCUCGUUAUUCCAGAACAGCGCACUCGGAGGGAGAGAUGUUUGGGCUCAGUGAGUUUCGUUCGAUCUUUGUGUGUUUUCAAAAUGGCUAGAURUCGGGAGUGAUUGCWUUGSAUGCGAUUCGUUGUACGGUGCCAUUCCUAACGCUUCUUGUUUGUCGAUAAYAUUCCCCCCAACCCCAACAGAAUUCUGGGAAAACUGGUACGUCAUCGGUGAGAACGACCCCGGCAUGCCGGAGUUCAAGUUUAUCUACUACAACGGGAAGACCCGCCAGAACACCUACGACGGUGCCUUUGUGUACAGCCGCUCCAAAACGCUCGAACCGGAAUCCAUGUCCAGGGUCUACGCGAUUGCGAAGGAGGCCGGCAUGAACCCCGACCAGUUCUGCCGGAUCCGCAACGGGUGCUUCGACCAGCAAAAGGAGGAGCCGCUCUUUGGGCCCGAYAAGAUCGGGGCACCGACCAGCGAGCCCCUGCGYGGACUCAUUGCCAGCACCAAGGUGUCCGAGUUGCUCGGUGUGGAAGCCGUGUCCGCCCGCGACUWYAACGUCCAGGGCCUCGGGCUGUCCCAGCAGCUCCAGCCCGAGCCCAAGGCCUACGACAGCGGGACCAACAGCAACCGGCCCUGGUGGUACGAGGUCGCCGACUACCUGGAGAACCCCCACCGCCACUUUGAGGUCAUGGACAGCCUCCGAAAGCCCAUGGACUGGUCGGAAAGCCCGCGGUAGCUUUGUGCGUGCAAGCGCGGAACCGGACCAUUCCACCGCAAGCGAUGCGAUGCGUUGUGAUUUGAUUUGAUUUGAUUUGAUUUGAUUCCGAGGUGAAUGGUUUUCCGGAGGAUGCUUUGGUGUGAACGCCAUCGCAUCGCAAGAUCCUCCACGGCAGCAAACCUAGCGGCACGCCUGGUCACGCAGACCAAGAAGAGAGACCAACAACCGACCGAGAUGCUCCGAACGCAUCGGGGGUUUGGUCGGUCCGUCCAUCCGCAUUGCAUCGCAUCGCAUCGCACACCGCUACCACGACCUCGUUUCAUACGACACGGUGUAUACAACGACCAAACGGUGCGCCGUGGGCUGCCACCGGGAUGGUAGUAUGUGCACGGGGCACCGGUCUUUUGGUCGACACAACUGCUAAACCUGAUAACUAUUAAAAACCGCGUUWUCGAACYAGAUAGAUAUGAAUUGURCUUUGGUAGGGGUUCCUUCUGAUUGCAAGAAAGGCACUUGCGCAACUACUUGCGACAUGUGGGAGGACACCACGACACGUUUCGUCAGUCAUUCGAUGCUCUGCUCUGCAAGACUGCCUGAAACCAGUCUGCCGAAUGGGCCCUACCCGUUGGAUGCACAAGAWCACAAGCAUUGCUGCGACAGGAUCGGAACGGAUCGCCACAAAAUACAAAACAUAGCACAAGAUGGACAUUCCUCACGCUAGAGAAGACGUUCUCGCCAACGCCGCAAAAGAACGAAAGUAUCAUUGACGAAUAGUAGUAAUAGUGUAGAAAUUGUUUUCUCCAUUUUAUAUUUCCCACCCCCAGAGCAUCGAACCCAAUAAAUGCUAUAGCAUUCGUCUGGCUUGACCCAUCUGUUUUUGAAAUUUGAAAUAAGACUACCGAGUUCAUUCCAUAAAUUAUUUCAUCCAUCGAGAAGAGCGAUUGAAUCAUAAAGUUCGUCAGAACCCGUGUUGUGAAGAAUCGAACCGGACCCACCAGCAUUUGCCCCUUGUGGUUUCUAUUUGCUGUUGUCAUUGCUUCCGUACUUGUUGUUGUUGUUGUUGUUAUUGUUGUUGUAUCUGCCUCUGCCUCUUCCUCGGCCGCGUCCCCGGCCACGUCCUCUCCCGCGUCCUCUGCCACCUCUUCCUCGCCCACCGUAGCCACCGCGACCACGUCCGCCCCGGGGGCGUCUUCGGUACGAGUCCAGGGCGGUGGCACCAAAUGUUUCCGUGUUCAGUGAUCGCUCCGCUUUCCCGCGCAGGCGGUUGUCGAUUCCCGAUUGCUUGUCCAGUGUGUCACAGGAAAUGGAGUCGAAAAAAUCUUGUUUCUCGUAGUGCGAGGAGGUGGACAACGAGUUGCUGUUGUGCUGGGGAUAGGCAAUUUCGUCGCCGGCCUCGUCGUUGUCUUCUUCAUUGACUGCAGUGUCAUCGGAUUCCUURUCGAAUUCUUCCAAUUUCGCUUGGAAAUCAAAUUCUCCCUCGGGAUUUUGGGGUCCAGGACCUUCAAUGG